AAGACAACGGCUAACUCCCCCUACCCCCACCACUUCUCCUCCUACUUCCAUUUUGUCUCUCGCCUUGGCUUCUUCUUCUUCCUCCUCGCGCUGCCCCCACAGGAGGAGUUUGUGAGCUCUCUCAGCGUCGAUGGGGGCGUCGGGGAAGUGGAUCAAGUCGCUGGUGAGCCUCAAGGCGGCGCCGGAGGGGACGACGAAGGGGCGGAGGUGGACCCGGCUGUGGCGGAGCAGCUCGUCGGCGUCGGCGUCGGCGUCGACCGCGGGGGACGCGUCGGAGUCGGCGUCGUCGGAGGCCGACGCGUUCAGCUCGGUCGUCGCCGCCGUCGUCCGCGCGCCGCCCAGGGACUUCCGCGUCAUCCGCCAGGAGUGGGCCGCCGUCCGCGUCCAGGCGGCCUUCCGCGCCUUCUUGGCGCGGCGGGCGUUGAAGGCGCUGAGAGGCAUCGUGCGGCUGCAGGCGCUGGUGCGGGGGCGGCUGGUGCGGCGGCAGCUCGCCGUGACGCUCAAGUGCAUGAACGCGCUGCUGCGGGUGCAGGAGCGCGCGCGGGAGCGGCGGGCGCGCUGCUCGGCGGAUGGCCGGGACUCGCAGGACGCGGUCGGCGAGCGCGACGGCCGCGCCGACCCGAUCAAACAAGCAGAGGAACAAUGGUGUGACAGUCAAGGAUCGGUUUCUGAAGUAAGAUCGAAAAUACACAUGAGGCAUGAUGCUGUGGCUAAGAGGGAAAGGGCAAUUGCUUAUGCGCUUUCUCACCAGCCUAGGAGUUCAAAACAAAGUGCAAGGCCAAGCUCUCCUGCUAGAUCUCUGAGGAACCAUGAGUCUAAUAGGUGCAAUCACGACUGGAGCUAUAUUGAAGGAUGGAUGGCAACAAAGCCUUGGGAGAGCAGGCUCAUGGAGCAAAGCCAUGCUGAAUUGAAGUGUUCCAAGAACAGUGGCGAACUGAACUUAGCUGGCGCCCAACUUUCAAAUGCAAGCUCAGUUAAGAUGAGAGGGAACAGGGUGGCAGCAAAGCCUCCUUCUGUACUCUCAGCUUCUUCUUCAGACUUCCCGUGUGAUGUGAGCUCUGCAUCGACAUCGUCAGCAACUCCAGCAAGAUCCGACGGUGGACAUGGUGAAGGUCCGAGUUACAUGAGCUUGACGAAGUCUGCAAAAGCAAGGCAGAGCUGCAACAGUCCAUUCCAGAUUCAGAGACAGCGAUCUGGAGGCAUGUCAUCUUACAAAAGGGUUGCACUCUCUCCAUUAGAUGUUCAGAGCAACGCCUGUUCAGAAUUUUCAGUCACCUCCAGGAAGUUAAACAGUCUGUCUCUGAAAGGCCGUAGCAUGACAAGGAGCUUGGACAAGGAGAAUGACAAUCUGUUCUAGCUUGCUGUUCUAUGGACAAAUUAGCUAAUUUGCAUCUUACAUAUAUAUUAUCUGAUCCGUUGUUAGCAUUUAUACAUCCAAGCCAAGCUCAAUGCCUCAUUGCCUCUAUCAUGUUUUUUGUAUGCACAACUGAGAUUAGUCAUUAGUUAAAUGUCUGAACCUCUUUUUAUCCCUAAAUGCUGUGUAGUAGUAUUAUAAAGAGCUGCAGUUCUAAUUGGAGAUGGUGACAGUUUCUUAUGUUUGAAUAUAUAUCAAUUAUGAA